AUGUCCCCGUCUGCCAAUUUUACCAUCUCCGACUUUCCUCACAAAGUCCUCAAUCCAAUCGCCACCAACACCAUUGCUCCCUCCUAUGCGUCGCUUCUCCUGGCCCAAUGCCAGCUCAGCGCCAAUGCAUCUGCCAUUCCCAGCCUCAACGGCGGCGGCGCCCAUGGUCACAUGGCUCUGACGCUCACCGCCGCCGCAUACGCCGAACUGUCCGACGUCCCCUUCGUCAUCCCCAUUGCUCCCCCUGCCGACCCCGAACCGGGUACCAUGCAACCCCAAAUUACGGAGAACAAUCAACUCCACAAACGCGCUGUGGCCAUCCACAGCCUCUACGUGGCCCACCCCCAGUUCGCGUACAGCCACGUCACCUGCCUUGACCUCCUCGACCAUCUCUGGCGCAACUUUGGUACCAUCACCGCUUCUGACUUAAAAAGCAACAUACAAUCCAUGUAUACCCCCUGGAACCCGGUUGACCCCAUCGAGACCAUUUUUCACCGGCUCAAUGACGCAAUUACGUUUUCGACGGCUGGCCGCGACCCUAUCUCCGAACCAGCUGCCGUUCGCGCCGGCUAUGAUGUUUUCGAGCAUUCGGGCCUGUUCCCUCGCGCCUGCGAAACCUGGCGCACAGCCUCGCCCGACACACACACCCUCGCCAACCUCCGUACGCUCUUCAAGGUCGCCAAUACCGACCACAAGCGUACGCUUACCACCGGCUCCCUCGGCUAUGCCAACGUCCUUGCCGCAACACCAUCGGUUCUCCCGUCGCUUGCGCCAGACUCGCUCAGCCUUCCUUUUUCAGCCCUCUUGGUGUCCAAUUCCUCUGCUACUCUCUCGGAGAAAACUUAUUGCUGGACCCAUGGGUCCAGCAAUAACCGUCGACACACUAGUGCCACAUGCAAAAAUAAGGCCCCCGGACACAGCGACGACGCGACGGCCACCAACACCCUUGGCGGCUCCACCAAAGUUUGGACUGCCCCCAAGCCUCCCGAAUAG